AUGGAUUUUGAAAUGUCGUCUGAGCAGGAACCUAUUGAAUCUGUUAAUAAUAAUAUAAUACCAAAAAAUAACUCUGGAUCACCUGUGGUGACUACAACAAAAACUGUUUUUAUAGAAGAAAACGAACAAAUGGAAACAAUCGAAGAUUCAAAAAUGAAGACUACUAUUACUACCACUACUGAUGCUGGAGUUGAAAUAAUAACUGAUACGGCUAAUAUACUCACCACCACAGAACAAACCAUUAUGUUUGAUGAGGAAGAAAAAACAAGACUUGAGGAAGAAGCUCGUAAAUUUUUAUCUUUACAAGCACAAGAGAUUGUCAUACCAUCAUAUUCUGCCUGGUUUGAUAUGGCCAAAAUUCAUAAUAUUGAGAAAAAAACCUUACCAGAAUUUUUCAAUAAUAGGAAUAAAUCUAAAAAUCCAAGUAUAUACAAAGAAUAUAGAGAUUUUAUAAUUAAUACUUAUCGACUCAAUCCUCCAGAAUAUUUAACAGUCACUGCUUGUCGUAGGAAUUUAAUUGGUGAUGUAGAUCCUGAUACACGUCCAUCAUGUGUUGGGCCUGCUUUUACAGGACAUUUUAUUAUUACUGCAGAUACACCAAGAGGUCUUCAUCCUUUUCAACCAACUGUUGAUUGUACUCGAUCUCGUUAUCACAGUCUGACAAGUCAAAAAUUAGAUCUAUGUCCUAAUUGUUAUCUAGCUGGACAUUAUCCUACUCCAAUGCAUAGUGGCGAUUUCUUAAAAAUGGAUGAGACACCAUUUAAACAUGCUCAAGAUGAAGAAUGGACAGAGCAAGAGACUUUAGCACUUUUAGAAGGAAUCGAAUUGUAUGAGGAUGAUUGGCUCAAGAUUGCUGAACAUGUGGGUACACGUACUAGAGAUCAAUGUAUUUUACACUUUUUAGAAAUUCCUGCUGAGGAUCCAUUCAAUGGAGCCGUAAUGAAAAAUCUGGGGCCGCUCCAGUAUCAAAGAAUACCUUUUAGUCAAGCAGAUAAUCCGGUAUUGUCAGUUGUUGCAUACUUGGCAUCUAUUGUCGACCCUAAUAUCGCAUCAACAGCAGCUAAAUCAGCAAUCAAAGAAUUAUCAUCUGUUAAAAGCUCAUCAUGUAAUCUAAAAGAGUCUAAUAAUGACACUAUAGUUACUCAAUCAAGAUUGUUGGAUAGAACAGGAGCAACAGCAAUUGGAACGGCAGCAGCAAAGGCCAAUGUUUUGACAGAUUAUGAGGAUCAAGAAAUACAAAAACUUGUUAAUGAAGUUAUCGAGAAUCAAUUAAAAAAACUUGAACUUAAACUUCAACAGUUUGAAGAAUUAGAAAGUGUUAUCGAGAAUGAAAAAAAGGAAUUAGAAAAACAACGUCAACUGUUUUAUCUUGAACGUUUACAUCUUAAAAAGAAUAAUUUGAUUCUACAAAAACAAAUAAAAAAUGGAACUAUUAGUAGACCAUUAAUCAAAGAGGAAAGUAAAAUCCUGGAACUUUAG